GGUCGGGGCGGGCGCAAUCCAGCCCCGGAAGAGCUAUCGGGGCCGGGGCCGUUCCAGGCAAACCCGCGCCGUUGCCACCCCGCCCCACCGGUACUGGUGACUCACCAAGCUGCGUGGCAAACCCUAGUUAACCGGCGAGGCGUCCGACCACCAGACACCGGGGCAGAGAGCGCGGAGAGCGGCAGACCGGCACCGCCGAGGCCAUCGGCUCCCGCGGGGCAAGGGAGGACAAGGGAGCAGGGGGCAGCGCGCGUCGAGGGGCUCCCGCGGCAGGGGUGUGACGCACGCGGGUGGGCCGCGGGCGUCCGGCGAGGUGUCGCCGUGCCCGGGCAAGAGCGAAUGAAGACGAAGUCGCGAGCCAGCGAGCUACAGUCGUCUGUGCUAAGCCAGAUUCUGAUUGGCCAAGUGCAGAUGUGAUGGACACCCUUCAUAGCAAUCAAUAUGCAAAGAGCAGCUUGCCACUGCAAUUGAGGGACACUGCUGUUUCCUUUGAAAACAACAACUCUGUUUUGGAUAAGCAUGAGAUUGCAAGCCCUCAAGUUGGCAUGACUUUUGAGACAGCCGAUUUGGCAUAUCGGUUCUACUUAGAAUAUGGCUACCGUGCAGGGUUCGGAGUCUCAAAGAGGACUUCCCAUAGUGUUGAUGGGGUCAAAUACCGCGCAACAUUUGUUUGUUACAAAGGUGGCAUUGCUAGGAUUAAGCCUGGUCUCAAAGCUCGAAGGAGGCUGGUUGCAAAGACUGGUUGCAAAGCGAUGAUGGUAGUCAAGUAUAACACAAAUGAGAACCAUUGGGAAGUGGUUUUCGUUGAGCUGGAGCAUAACCAUCCAUGUAAUCCUGAAAUGGUCAGAUUCAUGAUGUGCUUUAAAGAUCUCCCUGACUGGCAGAGGGAGCACCGCCCAUUCAAUGCUAAGACUAGAUUGAACCCAAAGAUUCACUCUGGCAGAGGCAGGCCACCCAACCAAAACAAAGACUUCAUGGUGAAAAAAUCCUUCUCUCAAUCAAAUUAUUCCAUUGAAGCAGCAGGCAAGGCUGGGAAGCUGAGAUUUGCAGAGGGUGAUGUUGAGGCACUAUUGGUCUUCUUUGAUAAGAUGCAAGCUCAAAAUUCUAACUUUUUCUACAACUGGGACAUGGAUGAUGAAGGCAGGCUCAAGAAUGUUUGCUGGGUUGAUGCUAGAUCGAGAGCGGCAUAUCAGCACUUCUGUGAUGUUGUCUGUUUUGAUACUGUUUAUUUGACAUACCAAUUUGUCAUUCCAUUGGUUGCUUUUCUUGGAAUCAACCAUCAUGGGCAGUUUGUGUUGUUGGGAUGCGGUUUACUUGGGGAUGAGUCUCCAGAGACUUUUUCUUGGUUGUUCAAGAAAUGGUUAAAAUGUAUGAAUGAUAAAUCACCUGAAGCAAUUAUUACCACCCAUUCAAGACCAGUGGUUAAAGCUGUUGCUGAGGUAUUUCCAAAUACUCGUCACAGAUACAAUCUUUGGCAUAUCAUGAAAGAGCUUCCUGAAAUGUCUGGAAGAGUCGAGGAUAAGGAGGCAAUUAGCCUGAGAAUGAAAAAGGUAGUAUUUGACACUAUCACAUCAGCUGAUUUUGAGAGGGAAUGGGUUGAGAUGGUCACUCAGUAUAACCUUCACGAUAAUCAUUGGCUCACAACCUUGUUUGAAGAGAGGGCAAAAUGGGUACCAGCAUAUGUCAAAGAUACUUUCUGGGCUGGUAUAUCCACCGUUCGCCGUAGCGAGCGGUUGGAGGCCUUUUUUGAUGGGUACAUUACACCAGAAACCACAAUUAAGACAUUUAUUGAACAAUUCGAUACUGCUAUGAAGCUUAGGUCUGAUCGAGAAGCAUAUGAUGAUUUUCGCUCAUUUCAGCAAAGGCCUCAAGUACUGUCUGGUCUGCUCUUUGAGGAGCAAUUUGCAAAUGUUUAUACAAUAAAUAUGUUUCAGAAGUUCCAAGAUCACUUGAAGCAGCUGAUGAAUGUCACUUGCACUGAAGUUAGUAGGAAUGGAUCAAUAGUGACUUACACUGUGACCGUCAUUGGGAAGGAGAGGAAGUAUGAUUAUAAAGUGAUGUAUAACAGUGCUGAGAAAGAAGUGUGGUGUAUCUGCAGGUCCUUCCAGUUUAAAGGUAUAUUGUGUAGCCAUGCUCUUGCUGUCUUGAGACAGGAGCUUGUGAUGCUAAUACCUUAUAAAUAUAUUCUCGACCGCUGGAGGAAGGACUAUAAAUGCCCUGAGGAAUCCAAGGAAACUCCGAUAUCUCCAAAAGCGAACAAAGCUACAGGGAAGGGGACAAAACCAGAAAAUGUCCGUGAAGAUAAAGUGGAUAAUCUAUACAAGCAUGGCCACCAAUACUUUGCUGACAUUGUGGAAAUGGGAGCAACAGACCCUGAUGCAAUGGAGUAUGUCUUGUCGGUGAUGAAAGAAGCCAAAGAGAAGGUACGGAAGUUCGAGGAAUCUCGAAAAGAUAAAAGGCCUGGAGACACUCCAGUUUCUACUAGUAAGAGGAGUGGUAAGUCUUCAAGACCAUCCCAUGAGGAUGGGGGAAAUGGCAUCUCAGAUUCAACACUUGCGGCUACGACAGUGGCGACAGUUGCAGUGGCGUCGUCAACACCAAUUCAAGCAGCUCCAACAAUGAUGGCUAUAGCGCCUGCUUCCGCAACUGUGCCUGCAGGAAUGUUUUUAGUACCAAUGCACCCACACCCGAUGGUUUUCCCACCCUUCACCCCUGCAGUGCCACCAGUAGUAGCACCUGCAGCGCCACCUCCAGCGCCAAUAGCCAAUGUGGGUGACGUAGCUUCCAUCUCCACAAAGAAGAGGAAGAAAAGAAAGGGGAACAGAUGAUGUUCUAAUACUGGCUAUGCUUAACUCAAGUUAGCUGUACAUGCUGCACCAGCCACCAGGCCCUCCUGUCCAUGUGUAAUAGCUUUUCACCGUUUCCUGCUGCAGGAUGACAUGCCCUUCUAAAUGCUUUCUGUGAAUUAUCCCCCCUGGGCUUGGAACUACUGAUUUUAAGGUCGUGCAGCUUUGGACUCUCAACUGUACAUUGAUAUGGAAGUAAUGUUAUAUGUAUGUAGAUCAGCUCAUGAAUGUUAAGUCUGUUCAUGUUCAUGUACAUUACGUUGGAGCAGCGAGUUUUAGUAGCGUAGCAGCACCCUUGCUGGCUGGUGGCCCCCUUUUAACCUUCUUGUAGUUUGUUAGAUUCUGUAAUAAUGUAACAAUACUGAAUUGUACGACCAGCCACCAGUGCUUAGUUUCUUUGUUUUGCCGAUAUUUUUCAGAAGAUGUUGCACUAAUCACUUCGUCAUCGUUAUUGGAACUGGCACUGAGCAUUAUUUUCAUCCCAUGCAAGAUCACCAUUUUUUGUCAUGCUGAAGAGUGAUCGUGCAUAUCAGCAUAUGAGGAUGGUUUCCCAGCAAGUAUAUGUAGGUUGCUCCAGAAUCCAGAUUGGUCCAAGGAGUUGACCCAUGAAUCCAGGAAUUGAAUCUGUAACGGCUUAUACAAU